CAGCCUAAAACCGCUCCUGCGCAGUGUAUCUCUUCCUCUCUGGGCUUGGACUUGUUUGUUCCGACAUGGCCAAACGCACCAAGAAGGUCGGAAUCGUCGGUAAAUACGGGACCCGUUAUGGUGCCUCCCUCCGGAAAAUGGUGAAGAAAAUUGAAAUCAGCCAGCACGCCAAGUACACUUGCUCCUUCUGUGGCAAAACCAAGAUGAAGAGACGAGCCGUGGGCAUCUGGCACUGUGGUUCCUGCAUGAAAACGGUAGCUGGUGGUGCCUGGACCUACAACACCACUUCUGCCGUCACAGUAAAGUCUGCCAUCAGAAGACUGAAGGAAUUGAAGGACCAGUAGAAGCACCACCAUUUGAAACAUUGCUAGCCUAUAAUAAAUGGGUUAAUUUAUGUAACAAAAUUA